AUGCUGCCUCCCAACACUCUCAAGUACGGAAGGCGACAAGCCAUUGGCCGAUCACUACAGCAAUGGAUCGAAUGUCCAGAAUCUGACCUCUCUGUGCAAGUAUGUCCAAUUCUACCUUCUACGCUGAAUUUCAAUGACCUCAAGGAGUCCAAGGACCUGGAAAUAGAUAUGGAAAUUCAUCCAUAUAUUCCACUCCAGAUUGAAGACGACUUUGCAGAGCUCGAAAUAAUGGGACCAACUGGCGGGGCAUGGGAGAAAAUCAGCAUCAAUCAACCUGACACUCCACGAGACGAUCAAUACUCGGACAUUCAUAUCUGGGAGGGACAAGUUGCCCCUGGGGUGUUAAUAGUCGAAGAAAUCAAGAAAGCACCGGGUCUCUUCAUGUCAGAGGUCUGCCAGGCCAUUUACCAGAAGCACUUCCCGAUCGACACCCUGACGUAUGUCUAUUUGAUCGACGUUAUCAACAAGGAUACCCGUUCGUUUGUGAGGGAAGAGCUCUACACCGAAUCUAAUGGCCUCGCUUGGCCCGAUGACAAAGUACGUGAUUGGAUAUCUGGAACUCCGGAAUAUGAGGCGCUUCUAGGGACGACACUAGGACGAACCGUGGGACGUUUGAUUUUGGGGGCUUUCAAGCGCGGAACUCGCCGGAUUUCGCGAAUCAGGACCUUCCAUUCGUUUGGCGCGUUGCAGAUGCAGUUUGCUAUUGAGGAUAUUGAGCAGUUCGCGACUAUGGGUUCCCAAUACCCUUCCGAUCGUAGUGUUGAAUCUACCGAUUCCAUGGGUCCUCAGACAAGGUCAACAUCGCGCCGCCGGCAAACCAUCGAGUUGAGGAAACGUAAGUUGGACUGGGAUGAGGAGACUGAAUCGAAGAGACUUCGGAGAGAGUGA